AUGCCGUUGCAUGACCUGCAAGCCGUCGCGAUUGCCGCGCUGGUUCUCCUUCUCGUUUACUGGCUUCGAUUCAGAGAGAGGUUACCACACAUUCCAGGACCGCCGAGUGCAUCGUGGCUGACAGGCAAUCUGACCCAACUAUUCAAUGAGAAUGCAUGGAGCUUUCAUGCUUACUUGAACAAGACCUUCAGCGGAGUCGUCAGGGUUCAUACAAUGUUCAAUGCCGAGGAUCUGCUGGUGUUCGAUUCACUGACCUUGCAUUACAUUGUCAUCAAAGAGCUAGAUAACUAUGAUGAAUCAGAUUCCACCAUCUCAAAGCAACGCAAGAUGCUGAAACCUCUGUUCUCCAUGAGGAAAAUGCGAGACAUUCUACCGCUGAUCUAUCCCGUCGCGCAGGAUAUGCGAAAUGGAAUCGCGCAGCAACUCAAAAAUGGGCCAGAAGUCAUUGAUUUGAUGAGAUGGUUCUCGCGAGCAGCUUUGGAAUACAUCGGUCGAGGCGGACUUGGACACUCUUUUGGCCCUCUUGAUGACAAGGAUGCAUCAGCUUACAGUGACAUGAUUUCUCGCCUGGGACACCUCUUCUUACGCACGACACUUCUGCGUAACAUCCUACCAUAUGUGAUAGAUAUAGGCUCUCCCUCGUUCCAGCGCCAAGCGCUGCGCUAUCUGCCCUCUCCUGCUGUCAGAGAGAUGGCCGAUAUUGUCGAUACGCUGAAUCAAAAGUCUGCCGACAUAAUCAAAAGCAGGAAGGCAGCGCUUGCGGCAAUGGGGGAAGACGAUAGCGAGGCAAAGGAUGUUUCUAUUUUGGGCACUCUCUUAAAGGCCAAUCUGGACACAUCCAAAGAAGAUAGAGUCCCAGAUGAGGAGGUCCUGGGACAAGUAAGCAUGUUUAUUUUUGCAGGCGAGGACACUACAAGUCAUCUGUUGUGUCGUAUGCUGCAUCAACUGGCGAAGCACCCGGCUAGGCAAAAAACGCUCGACCUUCCAUAUCUGGACGCCAUCUGUCGAGAGACUCUGCGUGUGUUCCCUCCGCUCACACAUUUACCUCGAGUAGCAAGACAGGACACGAUUCUUCCAUUGGCGUGGCCAAUUACGGCCACAGACAGAAAGACACAGAUCAAGGAGAUUGCAAUCAAAAAGGGUCAGAGUCUCAUGGUCUCCAUCAUAGGCGCAAAUCACAGCACAAGGAUCUGGGGUGAAGAUGCUGAAGAAUGGAAGCCUGAGCGAUGGCUGCAGUCGGAGGCUCCUUUCGUCGAAGAUGCACGUCUCCCUGGAGUUUAUUCAUCAAUGAUGACGUUCUUGGGAGGAAGUCGAGCAUGCAUGGGUUUCAAGUUCGCAGAGAUGGAAAUGAAACUCGUCUUGUCGACAAUUGUGGAAGCAUUCGCUUUUGCGGAGGGCCCUCCGAUCACUUGGGAGAUGAGCAGCAUUGUGAGGCCAACCGUAACGGGCCAGCGCACCACAAACGCACAGUUGCCUCUUAAGGUCUCUUUAGCUCCGACUACUAAUAAUUAA